GAUCCCCCUUUCGGCUUGUGCUGUGCUGCUUCUUCGUCUUCCUGAAGCUGAAGUUGUCUCAUAAAACUGAGGAAUGAAGGGUGGAACUUUACAAAUAAACUGGCACGAAACCAAACCAGUCCUAUCCCUUGAUUUCCACCCACUCACCGCCACUCUUGCCACCGGCGGCGCCGAUUUCGACAUCAAGCUUUGGUCUGUAAAACCUGCAGAGGCACAAAAGAAACUACCUGUAGUGUCAUAUCUGAAUAGCUUGUCUUACCAUAGUUCUGCAGUAAAUGUAAUUCGUUUCUCCUCUUCAGGGGAACUCUUGGCUUCUGGUGCUGAUGGAGGUGAUCUUAUAAUAUGGAAGUAUCAUCUGAUAGAUACAGAUCAAACAUGGAAGGUCCUCAAGAUGUUAAGGUCUCAUCACAAGGAUAUCCUGGAUCUUCAGUGGUCUCCUGAUGGCACAUUUUUAAUUUCUGGGUCAGUUGAUAAUACUUGCAUUAUAUGGGACAUUAACAAAGGCACCAAUCUUCAGGCGUUGGAAUCUCAUGCUCAUUAUGUUCAGGGAGUUGCAUGGGAUCCUCUAGGGCAAUAUGUUGCUUCUCUUAGUUCCGACAGAACUUGCCGAAUCUACAUUAAUAAACCUAGAAAAUCUAAAGGAAGUGGGAAAAUCAAUUUUGUCUGCCAGCAAGUUAUUUCCAAGGCAGUACAUCCAUUACUAGAUAAUUCUAAGUCAACAAAUUAUCAUCUUUUCCAUGAUGAGACGCUGCCAUCUUUUUUCAGGAGACCAGCCUGGUCUCCUGAUGGCUCGUUUCUUGUUGUGCCUGCAGGCUCAUACAAAGCUACUUCUGGAUCUGAAUCUGUAAAUGCAGCUUACAUAUUUUCUAGAAAGGACCUUUCUCGGCCUGCCAUACAGCUUCCUUGUGCAAACAAAGCUGUGGUUGCUGUCCGAUUCUGUCCUGUUAAUUUCAGCCUUCGGGGAACAAAUUCAGCUGAGUUGUUUAAACUUCCCUAUCGCCUCAUUUUUGCGGUGGCCACUUUGAAUUCAUUGUACAUUUAUGACACUGAGAACAAUCCUCCCAUAGCUAUAAUGGCUGGUCUCCACUAUGCUGCAAUAACAGACAUUGCAUGGUCACCUGAUGCUCAUUAUUUGGCAUUGUCCUCUCAAGAUGGUUUCUGCACUUUGGUGGAAUUUGAAAAUAAUGAAUUAGGAACACCUAUCUCUUCAUCAGGAGAAAAGAAAGUUUCUGGCAAGGAUAAUACACAGCCGAAGACAUCUGACAAUUUGGUCAUUGAAGCUACCGGGAAUAUUAGUACAGCUGAAGAAGAAAGCAUGAAAAAUGAAGCCAGAGGAAAGGCUGAUAACAUGAUCAUUGAACCAACUAGCAACGUUGGUGUAAUUAAUGAACAAAUCAGGAAAGCUGAAGCAGAAGAGCAACGAGAUGAGAGGGUCACAGAAGUAACUGGGAAUGUUGGGGUAGUUGUAGCAGAAAGUAGUAAAAUGGAAGCACAAGAGAAGGCCGACUACAUGGUCAUUGAGAAAACCAGCAAUGUUAGUGGAGUUGAGGCAGCUGGCAGGGAAAACGAGGCCCAAGGGAAGGCUGAUGACAUGGUCAUUGAGGAAACUAGCAAUGUUGGUGGAGUUGUGACAGCAAGCCAGGAAAGUGCAGCAGGAGAGAAAGCUGUCUUGGUCAUUGAAGAAACUGGAAAUGAUGGCGCAGUUGUGGUGGAUAUCAGUAAUAGUGAAGCAGAGAAACAACCAGUAAGUUCAGAUAGUGUGAAAUCGGAUGAACAAAAGAAGACAGAGAAACAAACAUCUAGUUUAGAUAGGAGGGAAGCAGAAGAAAGAGUAGCAUGUAGUUCAAGAGGAACAACGACAACAUCAAAUAAGACAGGCAAAAAGCGUAUAACUCCCAUUGCCAUUGAUCCAUGAGAGAAACACAGGCAUGGAUCCCCUGCGGUCAUUUUAUUUGAUUGCUGGUAGUCUUGAAAUUUGACCUAUCUCUAGCCCCUGCCGUUCAAAAAUUUAUCUUUUAUGGCUUCCAAUUUGCUAGUUUUAGAGGUGGAAUUUUUGCAAGGAAAUGGGUAAGCUACAUACCGUCACAGCCACUCAUCAGUCCCUGACCAUUGAGACCUAUAAGUAUUCUACCGAGUAACUGGAAAGUUGCUGCGGCUACUGUCACUAGCAUUUUUACUGCCUCUAACCAGUCACCAUAGCUAAACACUAUUAUUUCCAGUGCAUAAUUUGAGUGUCAGGGGAUAAAAGAAGAAAGAUUUUAUGAUUGCACUCUGCAGUCGACUGCAGAAAUCCAUCUGAGAAACACCCUGCGUGUUUAUCCUUGUAUAUUUUUUGGGCAGUCUACAUAUGAAAGUUCCUUACUAUUUCCCUUUUUCUUUUUUUGUCCUUGUUCUAUGAACUGCAUCUGGUUAUCUAUUCUUUAAUGUAGAUUCCAGUUCGACAAGUAAUGUAAUUUAGCAUGAUUUUUGCAUC